AUGGAAACUAGGCUGGAUUGUGCUAUAAAAGCCAGUAAUGAACUCGUAACAACUCUACAUCGUGAUGGCUUGGACAACGGAUGCAUCACAACGUUUAAUGACUCUUUGGCCAUUAGGCAGAACUUUACUUCCGACGAAAAUAGGCUUCAUCGUUCCCUCAACUCUUUAAGAAACGCGGCAGCUGGUGAAACUCGUCUUUAUGACAGCAUAUACGAUGUCGUCGUGGGAAUUUUCCGUCGGAGGGCUGACCGCACUCGUCCUUGGAUUCUAGUCGUCGUGACUGAUGGUGACGAUAACUGUAGUACACGAAGUGCUAGGCAAUGUGCCGAAGAAGUUUAUCGUUUAUAUACAAGAGAAGAAAGUAACUUUUUGUUUGUUGUCGGGGUGGGAGACGGUGUAAAUUCAACUAGGUUGCAACAGAUGGCCGACGUUGGUAGAUUUGACUACAUACAUGUCAAAGAUUUCCUUCUUCUCGAAGUAGCUUUAAUAACUCUUGCUCACAAAGUAACCACUUCCCUCUCGCUUUCCGUCAACGCACUUUCUGUCGGCAACGUUUCCGCAUCAUGGGCUGAAAUUCAAGAACACAGAAGACUCAGCAACGUUGCUAUUGAUUACGCUUUGCUGAUAGACAUGUCGACAUCCAUGAACGAAAUAUCGAGCAGAGCACAAUGUUUUGAGGGACAUGAGUUGAGAAAGUAUAGGUUGGGACAAUGGAUGUGUGACGUGUGCGGAAAGAACGGUCCGACAACGAUGUCUGACUAUCAUUGCGCCAAAUGCGAUUUUAAUGCAUGCCAUAGCCAUUGCGUGUCAGGCCGCCCGUGUAAACCAACCAGCACCUGUCCAAAUGAUCAUCCAAUGCGAUACACAAAUAAAAAAGAUCCAUGGAGAUGUGAUGAAGACAAACAAUUGUAUACAGGGAAACGGCUUCGAUGUGAACGGUGUGAUUAUGAUAUAUGUCCAAAUUGUCUAAUAGAGGCGGAGAGAGCAGAGAGAGCACUUACUUAUCUCAUGGCUGGUUUACUUUUGCGAGAAUAG